AUGACUUAUAACUUGGCUUCUAAAGAGAACGGUGCCUAUCUGAAGAAGAAGGGGAAGGCAUCUGAACAUAAAGAUCAGCUCUCCCGGCUCAAGGACAAAGAUCCUGAAUUUUAUAAGUUUUUGGAAGAAAAUGACCGCACUCUGCUGGAUUUUGAUGCUUCAGACAGUUCUGAGGAGGAGGAGGAAGGGUUACACAGACCACCCGAUACGCUGGAGGAAGCAAGUGAUGAAGAUGAGGAAGAACAUGACACAGUCAAACAGAAGAAAGCUGAUUUCAUCCCUGUGAGCCUGAAAAUGGUUGAACAAUGGAAAAAAGCUGCAGAGAAACGAUUAACACCAAAACUUUUCCAUGAAAUCACUCAAGCCUUUAAAGCAUCUGUAGCAACCACGAAAGGCGAUGAUGGUGGGGCUGAUCCCAGCAAAUUCCAAGUUACUGAUGCUGCAGUGUUCAAUGCCCUAGUGUCAUUCUGCAUCCGGGAUCUCUUCAACUGUCUGCAGAAACUUCUUCUGCUGAAAGCCCCAAAGAGCAAAUUAAAAAUGGUCCUCCCUUCCACCAGCCCGCUUUGGAGCAAGCUGCGACUGGAUAUAAAAGUGUACCUGAGCUGCACCAUCCAACUCCUGUCUUGUUUAACAGAAGCCUCUGUUGGAGCAGCAGUCCUUCAGCACGUCAGCUCCAUAGUACCUUACUAUUUGUCCUUUCCAAAGCAGUGCCGUGUACUUCUCAAGCAAGCAAUUCAUCUGUGGAGCACAGGUGAGGAAACGGUCAGAGUAUUGGCCUUCUUAGUGCUUAACAAGAUCUGCCGCCACAAGAAGGAGCUGUACCUAAGUCCAUUGCUCAAGCAAAUGUACAUCGCGUUUGUGAAAAAUUCCAGAUUCACAUCCCCCAACGUCCUGCCCAUGAUCAACUUCAUGCAGCGGACACUGACGGAGUUGUAUGCCCUGGACACGCAUACCUCUUACCAGCAUGCCUUCAUCUAUAUCCGUCAGCUUGCUAUUCACCUGCGCAGUGCCAUGACCAUAAAAAAGAAGGAGAACUUCCAGUCUGUUUAUAACUGGCAGUAUAUCCACUGCUUGUAUUUCUGGUGUCGGGUUCUCAGCGCAGUCUAUCCUAGCGAGGUCAUGGAGCCAUUGAUCUAUCCUUUGACGCAGGUCAUCAUUGGCUGUAUAAAGCUGGUACCCACGGCUCGUUUCUACCCCCUGCGCAUGCACUGCAUCCGUGCACUUACACUGUUGUCUGAAAACACCCAGACCUUCAUCCCAGUCUUACCAUUUAUCCUGGAGAUUUUCCAGCAAGUGGAUUUCAACAAGAAGCCGGGACGUAUGAGCGCUAAGCCUAUAAAUUUCGCAGUAAUCUUGAAGCUGUCUAAUGCCAACUUGCAGGAGAAGGCCUUCCGAGAUGGGCUCAUUGAACAGUUGUAUGACCUGAUACUUGAAUAUCUCCAUUGCCAAGCCUACAGCAUUGGAUUCCCAGAGUUGGUUCUCCCCACUGUCAUUCAGCUAAAAUCUUUUCUGAAGGAAUGCAAGAUUGCCAACUACUGCAAGCCUAUCCGGCAGCUCCUGGAGAAACUGCAGGAAAAUUCUUCCUACAUCUCCAGCAGGCGUCAGAAAGCUACCUUCGGCGUGGCCAGCAGGGAGUCUGUGGAACAAUGGGAGAAGCAGGUCAAAGAGGAGGGGACACCUCUGACCAAGUAUUACACUCAGUGGAAGAAGCUAAGAGAGAAGGAGAUACAGCUGGAAAUCAGCGGCAAAGAAAGACUUGAAGACUUGAACUUCCCAGAAAUUAAACGUAGGAAGCAAGAUGAAAAGAAGGAGGAAGAUAAAAAGGAAUUCAAGGACCUCUUUGAACUGGACAGUGACUCUGAUGAGGAAAACGUCGGAUUCUCUGUGAAAGGUAAAGCCAAGGCCAAGCAGGCAUCAGGAGCAAAGGAGAGUCCAGAGGACAGUUCAGAAGAAAGCAGCAAGGAGGACUAUGGCGAGGAUGACGAUGAAGAGGAGGGAGAGUACGAAAUUGAGGAGGACGAGGAAGAAUUGGAAGACGACAGUGACUCAGAUGAGGAAGGCAAGGAGGCCUCACGGGUUCCCCGCGGAUCGCAGAAGCAGAGAAGCUGCACCCGUGGGAUGUCACGAGCUGACCUCCAACAGCUAGCCCAAGGAGAAGAGGACAUUGUAGAGGACUUGGCUUUCUCUGAUGAUGACUGAGAGCCUUCACAGCCAUCCCGCCAAGCAUAUCCUUUACACAACUGGUGCCUUCUGGAUUACCCAGCCUUCAGCACCUGGAGCUGGUUCUCGAGGAGGCGGUAAGAGCUGGGGACAGUUGGGGGGAGGCCAGCCCCCGGUGCCGCCAAGGACUUUCUCGGGGACACAGCAAAGCAGCUACUUGGACUGUCAAGCUUUUUUCCGACAACAGCUAUGUUUUUUGGUAACAGUAAAAUCUGUGGUCGCAUCAAGGCCAGUAAAAGUGCUCAGCGAAGGUAAUAAAAAGUCCUCAUUAAAAGCCGUGGCUUUAAAUAAAACAGGGUUCGGUUUCAGCUCCUGCUGGAAGCAUAAAGGAGCUGACCAAGGGGAAGGACGGGUUCUUUAGCUAAGCGACCGCCUGUCCGUUAAGCCAGCCACCCAUGUGUCCCCAUACUUCCCUCUGGGGCCUUCGUUGGGGGCUGUGCGGCCAUGCGCAUCGGCCAGUCCCUCCCUUUUGCCGGAAAGCGCUCAGUGAUUGCAUAGAGAGCUUGGGAGCGUUGUGUAGCUACCACGCAAAUGGAAGCCUUUAUCAACCAUCGGCAUCAGAAGCAGCACAGUCAGUUCAAGCACACAUGCUGGCUGUAAGUAAGUAUGCUGAAGAAAGUUAAUUUUAAGUGCCCUGGGAUAUUGGGGGCGAGGGUACGGGGAAUGUGGACAGGGAAGGAGUAGGUGUAAAAAAAGCAAAGCCUAAUAAUGUUGGUGAUAUACUUCUUUAAUUUUGUGAUGGCUGCUGGAUUUGUCCAGGAUCCGUUCACUUAGCAAACCAAAGGACGACCAGUUUGAUCCUGAGCUUUGUAACAGACCUACUGUUAUCCUUGUGGCAUAAAAUCUCACCCCUUUCUAGGGUCACGCCUAGCUGCCGAUGCUGGUGGUGGAGGCAGCUUUGUGCCAUGGGCCCUGCAGAACAGCAGCGCCGAGUGCAGGCUGUCUUGGGCACCCCAGCCUUGGUUAUUCCCUCAAACCCAACCAACGCAUCACUUAGGCAGCUUCCUGAUGACACCUGCAGUUCCUCAUGCAUCUUCUGUAGUAGUUGUACUUGUGGAAGGACAUUGUGUGGCUCAAGGCUGGAUAAGGACAAUUUUUGAUCUGCUGGCAGGAUAUAAACAACUUAGCUCUUAAGACUACUGUUGUUCUGCAGUACUGGUAGCGAAGAAGUAGAUAUGUUUGUAAUAUGAAAUGGAGUCCCUUUGCUGAGAGGUAAGAAAAGUUAAGUAUUCUUAGGGCCUAUUUGACGGAAUCCCUCCUUAGACUUAACGCUGCAGUGUAAGGGCAUCGGUCUUUGUUAAUGCACAUUUUUUUGGAAAACAAGACGUGGGGGCAGGACUAAACAGGAUCUUUGUUCCUCUCUGUCACUGUUCAGUGAUGUCACUAGCUAGCUGUCAGCGCUAGGGGUGGCCAGGCUACCUGCACCGACUUGUUCAUCUCUGCCUUCUGCACUGCCUGCGUGGUUCCCUCCAGACAUUCGUACUCCUGCCCACUGCAAGAGUACAAGAUGCUUUUUUUUUUUUAAUACAUUUUUAAAAAAAGCACACUCUUUUUUUUGAAGCUCCAUUUUCAUGAAGUCAGAAGACUCACAGCUCAGAAACAUGUCUUAUUGCAGAUUUAAAAAAAAAAAAAAA